AUGACCCAAUCCGUCCCACCAAGAGACAUCCAGACCCAACCCAACGUGAAGAUCAACCCACCACCAAAUGGUAUCAAGAGCACCGACACGAAAGAUCCUAUGUUUUGUCAUCCGCUUACAAAGAGAAUGACAUCCGUACCAACGGACAUCCGUACGACCGUACCAACGUCGAUCAAACGGACACCCAAGAUGGUAUCGCCAAGCAUUCGAGUCGUGAGUGGUCCCGAUAAGAAAUUAUGGAUCAGGAAAGGCAAGAGGUUGUACAGAUCGAAUGAAGAGGAGAAACAGAAAAAAUAA